AUGAGAGAUGGCUGCGGUGGGCGGCGUGUUUCAGGCGAGGAACAACAGCAAUCCGAUGUGGUUGUGAACAGUGAUCAAUCAGUUCCUAUAAUCCAACCUUUGGUUGAUUAUGAUAUGCAACCUAUUAUCGUCUUGACUGAAGAUAUUGAAUCAGCAACAACUUCUUCCAAUGCAAAUAGGUGUCGUACUCCUCAAGUAGUUCCCAUGUUAAGUCCUGGAGGAACAAGAUUGUGGAUUCCUUGUUGCCCCAAUGAGUUAAUACCUUUUAUAGGGAUGAAAUUUUCUAGUACUGAUGAGGGUUUAGCUUUCUAUAAAGCAUAUGCAGCUGUUGCUGGUUUUAAUACUAGGAAAUCAACCAUUACCAAAAAGAAAAAAGAGAAUGUUGUGGCUUUUCAAUAUAUUGUAUGCAAUAAAGCUGGUUAUAAGGAGACACGAAAGUUAAAGGUUGAUGAUGUUUCCAAGGGUAAAGAGGAUGAAACUAAUGAAGUUAAAACUAGUAGAAGAAGUUUGAUCACUCGUGUUGGUUGCAAUGCUCAAAUGGUGAACAUUGGUCCCGUGAAAACUUAUAUAAUGAUGAAUGAAUAUGUUGGUGGAUAUGAAAAUGUAGGGGCUUCUAAACAAGAUUUCAAAAAAAUUUCAAGAGAUUUAAAAGCAUAUAUUGAAGGGUCAGAUGCUCAAAUGUUUGUGGAUAACUUCAAAAUGAAGAAGUUAUUAUGGAGUGCGUUUUUGUUUGACUAUGAGGUUGAUCAAGAAGGUUGUCUUUGUAGAGCUUUUUGGGCGGAUCCAAUUUGUAGAAAGAAUUAUGCUCUCUUUGGGGACAUGCUCUCUUUUGAUACCACAUUCCAAACAAAUAGGUAUAACAUGAUUUUUGGACCUUUUACGGGAGUUGAUCACCACAAAAGAUGUGUUUCCUUUGGUGCUGGUUUCAUUGCUAAGGAGGAUAUAGUAUCUUUUGAAUGGUUGUUUAAAACAUUUCUUAAAGCAAUGUGGAAUAAUAAUGAGCCAACUUGCUUGAUCACGGAUCAAGAUCCGGCCAUGAAGAUUGCUGUUAAUAAUGUGUUUGACAAGGCUGAUCAUAGAUUUUGUAUGUGGCAUAUUAUGAAGAAGGUUCCUGAUAAAGUAGGGCGCACAAUUUGUCAAGACACUGAUUUCCUAAAUAAGCUUUCUUCUUGUGUAUGGAGCUUAGAAAUUGAGCCUAUAGAAUUUGAAGCUAAAUGGAAGAAAGUGAUUGAUGAGUUUGAUCUAGGAAACAAUGAUUGGUUAUGCGACAUGUAUGACAUGAGAGAAAUGUGGAUUUCUGCUUAUUUCAGAGACUUAUUUAUGGGAGGAAUUAUGAGAACAACUUCAAGGUCAGAAAGUGAGAACAAAUUCUUUUGUUCCUUUCUCAACCCUCAUGUAACUCUUGUCGAGUUUUAUAUGAGGUUUGAAAGUGCAAUGGAUGCUCAAAGGCAUGCUCAAGAUGAGAAUGACAAUGAUUCUAAACAUAAAUCUCCUGAGUGUAAGACACCACUUGCAAUUGAGAAGCAUGCUUCAGAAAUUUAUACUACUUCGAUUUUUUAUGAAUUUCAAGAUGAGGUUGAAUUUGCAUGUUUUUCUUGUGGUGUUGAUGAGUUGAAGAAAGAAAAUGGCUUGAAAAUUUUUGUAGUAACUGAAGGAAAUCGAAUAAGAAGAUUUGAGGUUGUGUUUAAUUGUAUUGAGAAUCAAACAACAUGCUCUUGCAAGUUGUUUGAGAGGCAAGGCAUUCCAUGUAGGCACAUGGUUUGGUUUUGGAAAUCGAAAAGGUUUGACAAGAUUCCUGAACAAUAUGUACUCAAUCGAUGGAAUACAUUAGCCACUAAAAAGCCAAUCUUUGACUUGGAAGGUAAUAUCAUGGAACAAUGUGCAAAAGCAGUUGACCAUAAAAGAUUAUUGAAUGACUUGUGGUCGGAGAUUCAUACUUGUGUUAGCUUGGCAGAGAGCAAUGAAGAUGAUCUUAGUGAUCUGGUGAAAAACGUUCGAGCAUUGAGGUUGGAUUUGGAAGCUAAGAAGUGUGCAAAGAAUAAUUCAAACAACAAUGUUGCUAGCAAAGUGCAAGAUAUUGUAUCCUUGAUAGGAGCUAGUGCUCCGAGUGAAAUUUUGAUUCAACCUCCUAAAAUUUCAAAGAACAAAGGCACUGGUUGGAGUUUUCUAAUAAGUGUCGAGCUCCAAUGUUCUCACUAA